CUGAUACAGCUAUCCAGUAUAAAUAAAAUUAGUUUUCUGUACCUAACUUAGUUUUCUUCAAUGAACUUGGCAGGUUUUCAAGAGACUUCACCUUGGUACUGUGUCGUUUGGGACGGAUUCAAUGGACGAGGUAUGACGAGAUAUUAUUACGAGAAUUAUUGCAAGUAUUGAUCGCUCUAUGGGAAGAGGGGGAUGGGCACUGAAAACCCUAUAGGAGUUGGGAUUCACCCCUUCCUACACUCACCGGUAAGUGUGUUUCCUACCCAGUCCUACUGUACGCAUCCUCAUUACGCAUUCUCGUUCAAAAGCGCAGAAGCCCUGGGUACGAUAUUGCGUUCUCAUUUAUAAUAUAGCACGUGGGGCCUAUUCUUCUAUUCGUCAUGUUAGCGCACUGCCCUUUACCUCGUAAGUUAAACAUGCUACUACAGGGUCAACAGAUUUACCAGUACCUUGGGUAACUUCCUAAUUCCUAUGCCUGAAAAACGCAUGUAAAGUUUGGUUGUUCUCCGCUCUUCAGGAUUUUCUCCUGGUCCUUCCGUUUUUCUUUCUCAUGGAAAAUUAACCCUUGGAGACCUUUGUCAACUGGGUUGUAAAAUUGGGUUUGGGUUGUAAAGCUGUUAAGACUUAUCGUGCACCAUAAGCUGGUAAGUAUAGUGAUAAUCAAACUACAACAUGACUGUUUUUGUUUCAGGUUGUGACGCACUUACGUACCGCAACAUCAACCGUCGUCACGACAGCAUUAAAGAAAGCUGGACAAUCAAAGGUACUUGAGACUUUCCGAAUAAACCCAGUCGACCAGCAUAUGCUUAUGCCAUUUUCUACCCUGUUCACUGGUACACGCAUCAACCAAAUCAAUCAAUCCAUAUAGUUUUUGCCUCGGGUGAAUCGGGAAACCACACCCAAACAAGAAAAAAUGCGCAAUUUUUUACAGAUCUGAAAACAAACAGGAUGUUUUCGGACUACUUGUUCCAGUUGUUGUUAUCGCCUUGUUACAGAGUUGAUGACAGUAACAGGUUUGCUACAAGUUGUUCCAACAAGACUAAUACAGGCUGUUCGUAACAAGUUUGUUUUCAUCAACUUGUUACCAACUUGCUGGAACAACUAUUCUUACAAGAUGAUAGCGACUUGUUUCAAAUUUGUCAACAACUGGGAACAAGCAGUGCGAACAUAUCUUGUGACAAGCAAGUGUGUAAUGUGCAAUAAAAGAAAACAUCAUAAAGUAAUAUUUUUACUUUCAUACAUUUCAAUAAAGUUAUAUUUGAUGUUUGUGAUGUUACUCUGAGUGCAUACCCACACCAGGCAAGCUUGAAAAACAUGCCUGGCCACGGUGGCACUCAGAGUAACAUCACAAACAUCAUUUUCACCUGAGUACACAACCCCAACACAGAAAAUCAUGAUUAACAGUUACAUUUAUUGUUACUGUUGCAAGUAGUGAAUUUCCUCUCAUUAUUAUUCUCAGGUGCGACGUACUGUAGUCACCCGAGUGCACGAGGCAGUCAAAGCGUUGGCAUUAUGUCAUAAUGUUACACCCGUGCGCAAAGGAGAGGAGAAUGGGGAGAGUGAAGAGUCCUCGAGUCCGGCAAAGCAGGAUGGAAUUACAGAUGAUGAUGAGGGUGAAGUAGGUGCAGUGAGCGAUGACUUCACUUAUCAAGCGUCCAGUCCUGACGAGGUGAGAUCCUGAUCUCUAAUUAUAACAACAGCCAUUUCAUGCAUAUUUCCCGGGCGCACUUUAUAUAAGGCACAUUUCCACUAAAGAAAAAUUUUCACGGACAGAAAAUUUUCGGGAAACAUCAUUGUUAGAAAAAAUUUGUGUCGGCCAAUCACAUUUUACAAAUUUUUCUUUCCGCGGAAAAUUCUCUUGAGUAGAAAUGGGCCUUUAUACUGUAAAUUUCCAGGGGUAACUUUACCGUGUACAAAGCCGAGGGUUGUGUAACUUUUUCCUGCAUAUUUCCGAUGGAGGAAGUGUAUCACCUCCAGUACCGUAGUUCCAAAAACAUCCCAUAAAUCUUGGAAAUUUGGGUCGUUUGGAAUGUUGAUAGGACAGUGGUCAGACAGGUCAGUGCAUGCAGUCACCUCCCAGACAGUCUGGGCCAGACUGGAUUUCAUUUCCGGCAAUUUGCAGUGAUCUGAUUGUGAUUUCGUCUCAGCCACAUGUGAGAAGACAGGGUGUUAGCCAGAAGUAAAAAAAAUGCGCGUUUACCUGAAAUUGGGAAAUUUAUUUUAGCCUGAAGCCAGGCAUUUCUUUGUGGGUCUCGGGGCAUGCGGUUGCCCCCUCUCGAUUUUUAAAAUUUUUGUGUCUUUGAAAUGGCAUUUCCCGCAUUUUGGGAGUAAUUUUGAGCAAAUGUAGUUAUGAACAUGUUUUUAAUGGCGUAUUUAAAACAACAUUGAAUUUCUAUAACUAUUUUUUGGCUGACCCAAAUUGGGAAAUUGCGACCUCAAGGUAAUUGGGAAAACCGCGUUUAACGCGGAAUUUUUGACUGUAGCUAACACCCUGGAAGAGUGUUUUCGAUAAAACCACACUCCGUAGAUUUUCUCCAGGUACUUUCAUUUCCUACUGUAGUAACACUAGAGCACCUCAUGGCAUGCAUGUAGACAUUUUUGUGCAGGGGCCAGUUGUUCAAAGCUGGAUUAGCGCUAACCCUGGGUUAAAAAGUAACUUGCUGUUUUAGUUUAUGUAUUUCUGCACGUCUGUUUAUUUCAAAACUUCAGAGAAGAAAACUCCUACUGAUUCAGACUCGAUCUCUGAAGAAAUAUUUCCAAAUUUAUGAAGAAGCUAUUGGAAAGUUUGCUUUGAAUUUUGGGUUAACCUAGGGUUAAGCUAACCCAGCUUUGAACAACCGGCCCCCUCAAAUGGAGCUAGUCUAUGCCGGCGCAGCUAUUAACUUCAGUCUUAGACAGCUAGCUCCACUGCCUUAAUUGUUACUCUAAAUAUUCCUCUGUAAUCAAAUACGUAAUGCCUAGUUCAGAUUCUUGUGGUAUUCUUUUGAGAACAGUUUAGAACUGAUAGAGCCAUCCAGUAUACAUAAAGUAGUAUAUUAAUACAUUCAAUAUCAUUGUGUUUUAAGGUUGCUCUCGUGACUUGGGCAGAAACGGUUGGUUUAAGUUUGAUAACGCGAGAUCUCACCACCAUGACACUUCGCUCACCACAUGGCCAGAUUAUGGAAUAUGAAAUUUUACAAAUAUUUCCCUUCACAUCCGAGUCGAAGAGAAUGGGGAUUAUAGUUAGGGUAAGUUAGUAGGGCCCGGCUUCUUGGUUUUUCAAAAAUGACCAAAACUUAUUGGAUGUAAUAUAAUGUCACAAAUUUACACUCGUGCGAACGUCACCCUAAUUUCUUUACACUCUUCUUGCAGGAUCAAAGUACGGGAGAAAUCACGUUCUAUUUAAAAGGAGCAGAUGUCGUGAUGGCCAAUAUUGUGCAAUAUAAUGAUUGGCUGGAGGAAGAGGUGCGUGAUUGUCACAAGAUUGUAAAUACAUUCUGCGUAUACUUGAACAGCUUGUAUCAGCCUGCGAACAGGCUAUCUAGGGAAAGAGUGCCUGCAGUUUAGCGCAAAAAGACUAAGGUUACAUAAGUAGUAAUCAAUGUCGCUAUAAUUUGAUCAUUUUGAUGUCCUGUCGACACUAAAUAAUUAUGAAAGAAAAGAAGUAACAUUGACUAAAACCCCGUAAAACAACCCUGAGCCCUAACCUUCAUAGAACAUUAGCAUUUAACUGCCAAUUUUAAUAUAGUUCAAAAGUACAGUACUUGUACCUGGCUGUUGUAUAUAGGAGUUCAAAUCACGCAUUCAUCGAGACGAGAUGUGUUUUAUGUCUGGUGUAUUUCUUUUAUAUUCAGAGUGGUAAUAUGGCUCGUGAAGGACUGAGAACUCUGGUUGUUUCAAAGAAAGUUCUAUCUGAAGAACAAUAUCAAGAUUUCGAGGUAAAUAAAUUAAAGUUAAUUUCUUCUUUGGUUGGCAGUACCAGGUGAUACAGAUUCUUCAUGCCUGUUUACUGAUGACAUAUGUUGUUUUGAUAAAUGUUUUUUUCUUGUUUAUUCAAGUAUCGAUAUAGUCAAGCCAAAGUGAGUUUAACAGAAAGGGCAGCAAAGGUGAGUUGUUCGUAACUAAAUCUGGAAAUGCUGUUCACACUUCCCGAAUUUUCUUGAGUGUACACGAGACAAUGGUACGAGAUCGAUAUUGAGAUCGAUACGAGAUCGACUUUAUUUAAACCAGAGUAGCGAGCGAAACAUGAUUGAUAUACCUGGUUGCAGUGAAC